AUGGCAGAGACGGAGGACUCGUCAUGUUACAAGAAGCCAAACGCCCCCGUGGAGGCGCGUGUCCAAGACCUUCUAUCUCGCAUGACUCUACCGGAAAAGAUCGGUCAGAUGACUCAAAUCGAACGCUCCGUCGCUACUCAUGAUGUCCUUACAGAUUACUUCAUUGGCAGUGUACAGAGUGGCGCUGGGAGUUGGCCAUUCCAGGAUGCAAACUCGUCUGACUGGGCUGAUAUGAUCGACGGUUUUCAGCGUUCAGCGUUAGCGUCGCGUUUGGGAAUCCCAAUAAUCUACGGCACAGACGCUGUCCACGGCAACAAUAACGUCUACGGUGCCACCAUUUUCCCCCACAACGUUGGCCUCGGCGCCACCAGAGACGCAGAGUUGGUCAAAAGAAUUGGAGCUGUAACAGCACUUGAAGUAAGGGCUAGUGGCGUUCACUGGACAUAUGCUCCCUGCGUGGCCGUUCUGGGAGAUCCGAGGUGGGGACGAUGCUACGAGAGUUAUGGUGAAGCUGCCAAAAUCGUUUCUGAGAUGAGUUCAAUUAUCUCGGGCCUACAAGGCGAACCACCCGAAGAACACCCUAAGGGUUACCCUUUUCUUGCGGGAAGAAACAAUCUUGUGGCGUGUGCAAAACACUUUGUUGGAGAUGGUGGUACUGAUAAGGGUUUAAGCGAAGGGAACACCAUUGCGUCAUACAAAGACUUGGAGAAAAUACAUGUUGCACCUUAUUUGAAAUGUAUUUCUCAGGGAGUCUGUACCGUUAUGGCCUCUUUUUCAAGCUGGAAUGGAAGUAGACUCCACUCUGACUAUUUCCUCUUAACAGAAGUUCUCAAACAGAAACUUAGUUUCAAGGGUCUUUUAGUUUCCGACUGGGAUGGUUUGGAGACUGUAAGCGAGCCACAAGGUUCAGACAACCGUAACUGUGUCAAACUAGGGAUCAAUGCUGGAAUUGAUUUGGUAAUGGUACCUUUCAAGUACCGACAGUUCAUACAAGACCUUACAGAUCUGGUUAAGUCAGGGGAAGUACCAAUGGCUCGAAUCAAUGACGCUGUUGGAAGAAUACUUAGAGUGAAGUUUGUAGCUGGUCUAUUCGAAUAUCCUUUCACUGACAGAUCUUUGUUGCCUACUGUUGGUUGCAAGGAACAUAGAGAAGUGGCACGCGAAGCUGUUAGAAAGUCCUUAGUUUUGCUAAAGAAUGGCAAAGGUUCUGAUAAGCCAUUUUUGCCGCUAGAUCGCAAUGCUAAGAGAAUUCUAGUGGUUGGAACCCACGCAAACGAUCUUGGUAACCAGUGUGGCGGAUGGACAAAGACAAAAUCUGGUCAAUGCGGGAAAAUCACUAUUGGCACAACACUUUUGGAUGGUAUAAAAGCUGCAGUUGGGGACAAAACCGAAGUGAUCUACGAGAAAACUCCAUCAAAGGAAACCUUAGCCUCGGCUGAAGGCUUCUCCUACGCCAUUGUUGCAGUAGGGGAACCUCCCUACGCAGAGAUGAGAGGCGAUAACUCUGAGCUCACAAUACCUUUAAAUGGUAACAACAUUGUAGCUGCGGUUGCGGAGAAAAUACCAACUCUGGUGAUCUUGUUCACAGGACGGCCAAUGGUUCUUGAGGUGAUGGUUCUUGAAAAGACUGAGGCUUUGGUCGCUGCUUGGUUCCCUGGAACUGAAGGGCAAGGAAUGGCUGAUGUCAUUUUUGGAGAUUUUGACUUUGAAGGGAAGUUACCAGUGAGCUGGUUCAAACGUGUUAACCAGUUGCCACUGAAUGCUGAUGACAGUUUGUAUGACCCAUUGUUUCCUCUUGGUUUUGGUCUCAGUUGCAAUACCGGUUAACUGGUUUAGCUUCACUGGUAUGUUCAAGUUUUGGGUGCAAAUGAUCACUCUUAUACAAGAGCAUUAUCGAUGGAUAAGUCUCUUU